GCGAGAGAGGGAGGGGGCGAGUCUACCGUGGCGGAAACCCGGACGAUGAUGAGCUCGACGUGAAAGCGAGUUCACGAUGCUUUAAAAAAAAAAAAAAGACAAUCUCUCUCUGUCUAUUUUCUUUUUAUCCUUUUUUUUCUUUAACCAUCUGACUCAAGGUUGUUUUGUUUAGUUUUUGUUUUUGUUGUUGUUGCUAUUUUUGCUGCCUGUGACGACGACGACGACGAGGAGGAGACGUGCACGCAGGUGUGAGUGUGUCUGAAGCCCGAAAGGCGGCGGAGCCAGAAUGCCGGAGCAGAGCAACGACUACCGCGUGGUGGUGUUCGGGGCGGGCGGCGUCGGGAAGAGCUCCCUGGUGCUGCGCUUCGUCAAGGGCACCUUCCGCGACACCUACAUCCCCACCGUGGAGGACACGUACCGCCAGGUGAUCAGCUGCGACAAGAGCGUGUGCACGCUGCAGAUCACCGACACCACCGGGAGCCACCAGUUCCCCGCCAUGCAGCGCCUGUCCAUCUCCAAGGGACACGCCUUCAUCCUGGUCUACUCCAUCACCAGCAAGCAGUCGCUGGAGGAGCUCAAGCCCAUCUACCAACAGGUGCUGGCCAUCAAGGGCAACGUGGAGGCCAUCCCCAUCAUGCUGGUCGGCAACAAAAGCGACGAGACCCAGCGAGAGGUGGACACCAAGGACGGCGAGGCGCAGGCCGGCCAGUGGAAGUGCGCCUUUAUGGAGACGUCGGCCAAGACCAACCACAACGUCACCGAGCUCUUCCAGGAGCUCCUCAACCUGGACAAGAAGCGCAACAUGAGCCUCAACAUCGACGGCAAGCGCUCGGGCAAGCAGUCGCGCGCCGAGAGACUGAAGGGCAAGUGCAGCGUCAUGUAAGCCGCGGCCACGACUCAAACAGGAAUCUCCCGUCAUUCGCAUCCUCCUCCCAAUCGCGACUCGGCGGUAGUUUCGUACCGCCGGUCAGAGCGUCCGAAGGGAUCGUCCAAUCCGCCCAACACAUAAACCCAUCGCGUAGACAAGCUAGAUGUAAAAGAACUCGGUUUUCCUGUGAGGUGGGAGAGCAUGAACGCCACACAAGAAGGAUGUAAAUAAAUGCCAUUUGCAACCAGAUUCCCAUUCCCUGUACAACAACUCGCAGACAACCCAAAACUACGACAAUGCUCUCGAGUCAUUUAUCACCCAAAGUGGUAAACGCACACGCCGCACGACGCAACGAUCCUUUUAAGACUCUCCUGAAAGCGGGAUGGAUUUACGGAACAUCGGGAAACCGGAGCGCUCCAGCGGCCUCGUCUCACCUUGCUUGCUUUUUUUCCUCGAGACGAACGAUUCAGGGGAAUGAUUAUUGCCAAACUGGUGAGACUCAAAAAGGAAUUUGGGGGUUUUGAAGGUCAAGAAUGUCCAGGGUUUUAUUUUUUUAUUAUUUUUGAUGCUUUAAGUCAAAACACACACACACACACACACACACACAAAAGAAAAACAAGCACACAUAAGUAUGACAAAAAAGAUGGAUGUAUAUUUAUUUUGCUGGUGCAACCUGAAUCUGUAAUUUUUUUGUCACUUCCUCCUCUCGCACUCAUCCACAUAUCAUUAGUCUAGUUUACACAGAGACCCUGCAAAAUGGCCACUUUCACACAGCGACACGGCAUCCCAUCCUCAGGUCGUGAGAUGACAUCGAUAUAUAUACGCCAUCCCGCCGUCAGAUAAUUAUUUCUCGAAAAUCUGCAAUUGCUUUCGACAUAACGGGGCGAGAGAAGUGAGGUGUCGGGUGUUCAACUUCACACCCCUUUUCCCCGGGCAUUGAGGACGACGCUUACACACAGGCGCCGUCCCACCUCUUUUACGGCUCUUGCCUCUUUCUUACAGAGAUCCUGCUAAAAUUCCCACAACAGGCGACCCGGCAUUUGCCCGCAUUUUACACAGAAAAUUGGUGGGUCGACUUCGGACUCCCAUUUCCGUGUCCAUACCGGCCAAAACAAGGCAGUGUAAAAGGGGGCUGUUGUGAUGAUUAUAUUACCUCACAUGCACUCAAAUGACCCACCGAUGCAAUCAUAAUCCACUCCACCCACGCACACACACAUUGCACUUUACGGCAUGAACACACAUCAUACGCAUACAUUCUACACGCCAACCUUUAUCGCACACAAAAAGCACAAUACUUUUUUACCUGUUUCUACCUUUCUUUCUUUUUUAUUUUGAGCUUUUUUUUUCUUUUACCCCCACCCUUCUUCAGUCACCAGUCCCGAGGAACAAUCACGUCCCCCUUCAUCGCCGCUCGCUCUCCAGUUCUGCUGAUCGCCAACGUGCGUGUGGGUGUGUGUGUGUAUAAUAUAUCAAUAUUUAUACACGUAGUUGAAACCAGACGUUGACAUACACUAUAUAAAUGACACAUACGCUGGUUUUUUUCCCUUUCUUACUGUCUGACUAAACUUUUCCUGUUGUAGGUCUAUUAGAUUACCAAAAUUGUUUAGAUUUUUUUAAAUGCCAGAAUAAUAUAAUCGUUUUUUUGUUGUUUUGUUUAAAGACAAUUGACCUAAAACAGGAAUUUUUUUGUCUGAUUUCAUGUCAGUGAGAAAAGAAAAUAGCCCAUGUGUCUGUAUAAGGACACCAAACUGACACACAUGCACACACACACACACACACACACAAAAUAUUUAAAAAAAAAAAAAAAAAAAAAAAAAAAAAAGCACAGCUCUUUUGAGAGCUCUUUACGUGUGCAGCAGAAUCAACAGGAAAGGAGAAGAAAAUGUAACCCACUGGUGAAAACGUCAUCACCGGUGGGGAGGGAAAUGUCACAAUGUACUGUAAUAUAUAUACACUGCUUGCAUAUAUGCGUAUAUAUAACUGUAUUUGUUGCAUCCAAUUGUCAUUUCACUGAAAGAAAUGUUCAUUUCUUUCCUUUGACGUGUUGUAUAUUUUUGCACCACGACGUGAGGUCCUCUUUUAAAGUCUGCAUUAUGAUACCGUAACAGAGCAGGAGUCCCCAAACUUAUCACGCCAUUGGCGUCACAUAAUAAAAACCACCUGACUGAUCAAAAUGAACCUGUGACCCAUUUUGGGCCCGCAACGCUCAGUUUGGGAAACGCUGUCAUCGAUGUACCUUUUACUUGUUAGAUACCAGGCAUUCUCAGAUGUACUACCUCCCCCCCCCCCCCCCCACCCUCCUUUUUUUUUUUU